AUGAUCCGACAACCCAGUAGUGUGAUCAUCGCAGGCCCGUCGGGCAGUGGCAAGACGGACUUGGUGGAACAAUGGUUACGGUACCUGAACGUGUUUCAAGUCAAACCCCGCAAGAUUGUGUAUGCCUAUGAUCGCUGGCAACCCCGGUUCGAGCGUAUGCAAAAAAAAGAUGGGAUUCAAUUUCAUCGCGGGUUACCGGACCCCCGUCAUUUGACGCAAUGGUUUGGUCGGACGCGCGGCGGGGUGCUGGUCUUGGACGACCUGAUGGAAGAAGGGGGACAAGACAAGCGCGUGUUGGAUUUGUUCACCAAAGAUUCGCAUCAUCGCAACAUUACGGUCCUGUAUUUGACGCAAGAUUUAUUUCCGCCGGGCAAAUUUUCCAAGACCAUCAAUCGCAACGCGCAUUACAUUGUGGCGUUCAAAAACCCCCGGGAUCAAACAGGCAUACGGACGAUUUUAUUGCAAGCCUUUCCGGAUCGGUGGCGUCAAGUCUUGCGCCUAUUUAAACGCAUCACGGCCCGUCCCUUUGGCUAUUUGAUGUUGGAUGUACAUCCGGCGUCGGAUGAUCGCUAUCGCCUGUGGAGUCAUUUAACGCCUCGCGAAGGCAAAGCGCAAGUCCACACCUUGCGGGCGGAUGUCCCUGCCGUUCGACAACGCACUGCAACGAGAACUCGCCAGGGUCCGCCGGCAAAGAGAAGGCGGACAACAUACUGAGUUAGCCGCUCGCAUGGACACACACUCACCUGCGGGGGUAGGUUCCCCUUCGGUCCUCCGAGAUCUCAGCAGCAUGACGGACAUGGUGACCGAAUUGUCUCAACCAGUGGAUCGUACCCAAUUGCAGCAAGACAUUGACGAGUUCAAUUUGACUUACCCGGUCAAUGUAGACGAUGCCUUGAAUGCCUUCACGCUCCCGCCCGUAGCAGGCACUGGCACGGCCCCCGCCACCACCACGGCACCGCCACCACCCACCAUCACCACCACCACGACUGCCCCAACCCGUCCCACCACAUCGACCCGAACUCGUCCCACCACGACUACCACCACCACCAGUCGACCACGACCCGUCACGUCCACUCGAACACGCCCUGCCACCACCGCCACGACCACCACCGCCCCCUCCCGCCCCUCCACCAGCCGCCGCAGUGCCGGGGCAGGGACCAGGACCACCACCUCCACGGUGACGACCCCCACUGGACGCCCCACCAUCGCCGCCAAACAACCGCGACGGCGCCCCAGGGUGCCCUCCCCACCAUCCCCUGGUUCGUCCCCUCCGUCCGAUGACGAGGAUGGCGAUGAUGAUGAUGACGAUCGACGGCGAGGAUUAAGGCGACGGUUGGAUUUGCUCAAUGAAGAUGCUCAAGAACGGGCACGAGGUCGACGGAUUCGCAACAUCACGCACACCAAUACGGUGACCACCGUGUAUGAAGAGGGGGGUCGUCCCUCGGUGCGCCGCACAUCCACCCGAACCUCCAGCCCAAGUCCACCCAGACCACCACGCCGAGGACGGGGCCGUGGCCGUGGCCGAGCACGCGGACGGGGUCGAGCCCGUGGACGAGGAGGCCGUUCUUCCUAAAAGGUAUAAAACCCGUGGCUUCCCUUCUAUCGUCCCAAAAUGUGUGGUGAAUGUCGACAUGUGAUGGGACGCAAACGCAAACGCACCACGACUCGACGAUCAUCACGUCGACGGAGGAUGAAGGGUGGAAAGGCGCCGUUUGUUGUGGAUGUCAAGAAAGGCUUCAAGUUGUUGACAGACCCGGCUAUGUGGAAGAUUCCGUCCAAAGCUGACAUACAGUCCGACAAACAACGAGUGGCCAACUACAAACGCCAGUAUCGCGCGAGUGGUACUAAGGACUCGUACAACAAGUGGUUGGUCAAGAAGGGGUAUGCCAAAAAAGUGGGUGGGUGCAGCUUGAUGUGACAUGUAUAAAAAAGAGGGACACGGUGUUCCGCUCUCAAAAAGAGUCGUCAUGAGACGCAAACGUAAACGCUCCACGACUCGACGACCCGCCAAACGACGACGGCGUGUGAGUCAAGUAGGGGGUGUCGGGCCUGGUCUGCCUAUAGGGAUUCUCAAAGCUGGUUAUGGGAUCACCAAAGCCAUCGGGGAUCAUCAAACCAAGCGUGCCAUCGCCAUUGGCGAAAAACGUCGACGCGAAGUGGCUUCAGGCAAACGGAAAAAAUACGCGGGGGAAUCCUUCAAUUGUUCCAUUAUGUAAACAACUAUAAAAGACCCAAGGUGUGUCCUCCCUCGGACAGAUCAUCAUCAUCAUGCAUUGUGGUCCACGACGGCGAAAACGACGCCGAACACAACAAGGGGGUAUUCUCCCACUUCUCAUUCCCGCGGCUGUGGCUGCCGCUGUCCUCAUGAAAAAGAAGAAAAAAAGAAAAGUGGGCAAGAUCAGUGCAGCCAAUCAACGACUGGCCCAACGACGGGUCCAGCGGAUGUUGAGACGCGCAAAGGGAUGGGAUUUCUAAGCUCCAUGCACGCUAUAAAAGAAACGCUUGUUGGACACACGAUUCCCAUUAAAGAUGGUCCGUGGACCCAACGGUCGCCGACAUCGUUAUGUCCCUCGAAAACGACGCCGACGACGUGGCUUGCAACGCGGCGCUAAGCUCCCGCUUUUGGCAAUGGCUCUCUCGCCUUUGUGGCUCAGGAAAUACAAACCCAGAAUUCGUGUUCGACGCCCAGACUAACCCUCAACGCAAAGCCGUCACCUUUGCGUUGGAUUGGAACGACCAGUAUGAAGCCGCCUUGUGUGCACGGUGUCGAGAUCACAUGCAACGGCAUUAUCAUGGCGAAUUGUGUGGCCGGUGUGGCGCCAUUUUUACCAUAAAUAGACCUUGGUCCUUGCCUGAACUGGAGAUUCAUCAUGGGGUGGCGCAUGGAACGUCAAGCCCCGUUCUUAAAAAGUGUCUUACAAGAAGCCAAUCAACACAAACGCCAAGAAUUGUUGCGGAUGGCCAAUGCGGAUCAGAUCAAUGCUGUCAGUGAAUUGGUGAUGAACACCCUCCGUGGCACGGUACCCCGUUCCCGGCAGACCAUUACGUUGCUCAAACCUCACGCUCAGAGUUUACGCGCUAUGGCCAAACCUGCUCAUUCCGUCAAACGACGACGCGCUAUCAUGAUGGCUCAAAAAGGAGGAGCCCUCUGGCCGGAACUCUACCGAUGUUAUAAACGUUGCAUGCGCUAGACCCGACCCCUCAGUUGCACCAUGGAACCCGAGAUGGUGAGCACCACGGUGAACAACGCCCCGGCUUUUUUACAAUUACGAGACCAGUACAAACAAGAAUUGGUGGAAGACACUCGCUUGACCAAAGCCGCCGAUUUAGCCGCCAAACAACAUCUGCUGUUGACCAGUGAUGCCCCCGAUGCUUGGAAACGGCCUCAACUCAAAGCCGUCAGCCGUCAAUUACGCCAUUGGACUAAAAAAGUGCGCCAACCGUUUGGAGCCCCAGCGGGGGGUGUGAGUGCCGCAGGGGCCACCACUCCGGGUGACGAUGAUUUUGAGGCAGGCCCCAUGCAAGCCUGGUUCACGCAAUUGGUCAAGGCCACCCAGGGUAUAAAACAAGGCACCCCGACUGGUGGACCCAGAAAACCCCCUGUCCCGCCUAAACCAAGGUUCACCCCUAGUGCCAAAAAGAAACUCAAGUUUACGACCCCGUUGAGCAGUGAAGAAUUGGCGGACGAGUUGCCCUUUUCCGAGGCGCCUGGAACGGCCCCGUGGGAAACCCCCAAAGAACGUGCAGACACUAUUACGCAAUCAUUCAAGCGCGGGAUUCGUAAAAGAGCCGCGGACAGUGCUAAAAAGAAAGCUGCGGGGGUCGCCAAAAAGAAAGCCGCUGGUUGGGCCAAGAAAGCCUUGGAUUGGAAAUCGUGGAAAACCCCCUAA